AUGUUAAUUGACUAUGCUUACUUUGGAGAAGUCAUUUCACUUGAUACAACUUAUUGCACAAAUCGAGAUAAUAGACCUCUUGCUAUUUUCUCUGGCAUUAACCAUUAUAGAGGAGGGGUAAUAUUUGGAGCCGCAUUGUUAUAUGAUGAGACCAUUGAGUCUUUCAAAUGGCUCUUUGAGAUUUUUUUGCGGGCACACAAGAAUGUAAGGCCACUAACUAUUUUUACUAAUCAGGAUGCUGCAAUGACACGUGCAUUACAGGAAGUGAUGCCAGAAGUAAAACAUGCCUUGUGUACAUGGCAUAUUUCAAGGAAUGCAAUGAAGCACCUUAAUAACUCAACAAAGGAUGGAUCCCAUAUUAUGUCUGAUUUCAACCAUUGCAUGUAUCAUUGUUGGAAUGAAACAGAGUUUGAGGAAGCUUGGCAAGAAUUAUUAUCAAGACAUAGAAUGGAAGAAAAUGCUUGGUUGAUAUCUAUGUACCAAAUAAAGGAGAAAUGGGCAGCAUGUUAUAUUAAGGGGUCAAUGACGCUUGGUAUGAGAAGCAUUCAAAUUAGUAAAAGUAUCAAUUAUUGUGUAAAAAGUUGCACACAUCCAAAAAAUGAUCUUAAUCAAUUCUUUCAAAAAUUUGAACAAGCUAUAGAGGAUAAGCGUUACACGGAGUUAGAACGUGAAUUUGAUACACGUGAUAAGUUGCCAAGGUUGAUAUUGCAGAAUUCAUGUAUGCUUCGUCAGCUUUCUGAAGUCUACACUCGACCAAUUUUUGAUUUGUUCCAGUUCCAAUAUGAUUUACGUGAUGCUACAUGUAUAAAAGAGAGAAAACAAAGGAAGACAAAUGAAGAUGAAGAGAAUUGUGCCACCUUGUUUGAUUAUGUCAUCACCAUGGUUAAUAAGAGAGGAGUGUAUAGUUUGACAUUUGAUCCGUUAACUGAGACAAUUACUUACAGUUGUAAAAAGUUUGAACGAGUGGGCAUAUUAUGUUGUCAUGCAUUAAGAGUCUUGUAUGAUCGUGAUGUCAAGUUACUUCCAGAAAAAUAUAUAACAAAGAGGUGGACAAGAGAAGCACGAAGUGGUGUAGUGUAUGAUUUGAAGGGAAAGCAGAUUAAAGCCAAUCCCAAACUAGAAACGUCAAGACGAUAUAGGCAAUUAUGCCCUAUGGUUGUUAAGUUAGCCAGUGAUGCAUCAGAAAGUCUUGAAGCAUUCUCUCUAGUUCAUGAAGGCAUAUUGGAACUUACUAAGAGAGUGAAUGAGCUUCGCAUAAAGCAAAAAGAUAAUGAUGGUGAUGGGGAUGGUGAAAGGAAUCAUAAGAGUAUCUAUGUUGAUGGAGGUAAUGGUGGUGAUAGUAAAGUAAUUGGCUUUAAAAAGAGAGAUGGUAGAAAAAGCAAAAAACGACUUAGAAGUUGUGUGGAGAAAUCAAGUCAGAAAAGACAAAGAAUUCAAGCCUAA